UUGCCCAGAUCCGCAGCAAUGAACCGGCACAACAACUGGCCGCAGAGUAGCCUCUGGUACCGUGAGUGGAAGGUCAGGCAGACCCAGCACUGGUCCUGCAGGGGAGGGGAGAGGGGGAUAUACCCCAGAGACAACGGCAGGAGCAUUUAUUGAUGAACUGUCCCGUCCGCCCGGCGGCAGUGAGGGUGCUGGCGGCUCCGCCUCCGCCCCUCCCCGCAGCCAAUCGCCUGGGCUGGGUAUGAGGCCACUCCGCCGCAGUCCCACCCCCGACAACACCAUGGCAUCCCCAGGCCGGCUGCUCGAGUGCAUCUUCUGCUUCUACUUCAUCACGCACAUCCCCGUCACCCUCGCCAUCGACCUGCAGGCUCUGCUACCCCGCUGGAUGUUCCCGGCCGCGCUGCAAGGCUUAUUAAGGUGGUAUGCAGCUAAGUUCAAAGACCCAAUGAUAAUGGAUCCACCAGCAUGGUUCAGUGCAUGCAUUGUUUGCGAAGCAUUGCUGCAGAUGCCUUUCUUUCCUGUUGCAGCUUAUGCAUUCUACAAAGGAAGUCGUUCAUGGAUAAGGACACCGGCUAUCGUGUACUCCACACAUGUGGCUACAACGGUCAUUUCAAUCCUUGGACAUAUUCUGUUUAACGAUUUCUCAAAAUCAACAUAUCCAGGACCCAAUACCCUCUCAGAACGUUUAUCACUCUUAGCUAUUUAUAUUCCCUAUUUACUCAUCCCAGUUAUGAUCCUACUAACUAUGCUUUACAGCAAACGGUACAAUUCCUUUGAGGAAAAGAAGAAGCAAUAACAGUUUCCACUUAACCAUUCAGAGAAUCAUUUCCCAUUUUCCCAGUCAAAUACCGGGCAUUACUACUUUAGAAUUUUACAGAAUUACAGCACAAAAUUUAAGAGCAAUUUUACAAUAAAAUUGUACAUCAGAAUGGAAUUCAUUAAAAAUUUACUUUCAUGUAAGAGCAGCCCCCUUUUUAAUAGGAGUGUUUUCAGUUAAAAUUACCAGCCUAAGGGUCACAACAAUAGACUAGUUUGUAAAUAAGCUGCAGAUACGGGAAGUCUAACAUAAAAGCAGAAAAUCCUGGAAACACCCAGUAGGUCAGGCAACAUCUGUGAAAAGAGAAAGAGUGAACAUUUCAGGUUGGAGACCCUUCAUCAGGACUGGGAAAGAGAGAAAUAAAAAAGAUGGUUCUAAGAUGCAGAAAAGGUGACUGGAAGGAAUAGACAGGACGAAGGAAAUAUCUGUGAAGCCAGAUCAAAAGGGGGAGAUAGAGGGUGAUGAUGUUUUGUCUGUGUUUGUGUAGCUGACAGCAGGACAGUGGGAUGUAUACAGCUGGUCAGGUUGUACUAACAGAGAGAGAAAAUCUCUCCAUUUCUGCUGUAAUUUUUGCAUCUGUGAUAUUGACUCAGUUUUCCUUUCUUCAUUUCUACGGCCUGAGAUGUUGAUCCACAUCAACAUCCACAGAUGUUGAUUUGCAACACAUAAAGCAAACAAAGAAGGCCAAUCACCUUCUAUAUGCCCCUUCAACCAUUUGACCUGGUCCAUCCCAGAUACCUCCUUUGUCCUGUCAAUCCCGUCUGUCACCUUCUCUGCAACAUAAAACCACCUUUUUUAAUAAUCUCCUUUUCCCAGUUCUGGCAAAGGGUUUCUUCCCUGAAAUAUUAAUAGUUUCUCUAUUCAGGUGCUGAGUCUUUCCAGUAUUUUCUGUUUUUAAAAUGAUCAGAGAGGUUUUCUGAUUUGCACUGUACAUUCCAUAAUUACCUUUGGUGAUAUAUCUUUGUAAGUAAAAAAAAACUUUGGAUACAAUGAGAUCAAUGGACUUUUGUCCAAUCCAUUUCCUUUCCAUUAUCCUUCUGCACCCACCACUCUGCUUACCCUUUUAAUCCCCUCCCCUUGCCUCUUUUAUUUUGAAGCAGGGAAUAACAGGCAAGGUUUAAUUCUCAUCAGCUAGGUAAGUGUGAAGCCUCAGGAACCACAUUGAUAGACAAAUUAAUGGCAGCAAAAGUAUCAGUCAGGCUGAAAAAACUAAUAAUCUAUGAUCUUCCAAUUUAUCAGUGAGACAACAGUGCUGAGAACAAUUCUUUCCAAAUGUCUAAGCCCUAUAGAUUCAAACAGAACAUAAUACCACACUAAGGUGCCUGGAUUUGAGGAUUUAUUUUCCAAAUGUACACGCCAGGACACUGGUCAGACCACUUCUGUGGGUCAAUUGGUCUUAGUAACCAUCUUCAUUUCCUGUGCCAACUAUCACGGAACCAUAAAGUCACUCUUGUAAAGAAAGACAUUAUGACUCCUGUCCCAAAUUUGCUCUUCAGAAUGUUGCCUAUAACAUUUGGAUUAUUGCAUGGAUUCUCUUUUCCAUUUGGUUGUAAUUGCAUGCAAUAGCGUUAGGAUCAAAAUGUUGCUGUAACUAGGCAAUAGCACAAUGAACAGCCUUUAUCCAUGUGUGCUUUCACAUAAGUAUACACGAUCUAUGUGACUGCUAAAUGACUGUUUAUUUUGCAUUGUUACAAAUAAUCUUGGUAGACGCACUAUCAAUAAACUGUAUUUUCUUUUUCUUUUUUUAAUUGAGAACACAUUUUGUUUUUAAUAUUUGAAUGAUAUUUUUCACUGUUGUGACAAGUUCUUUUGUACAAGUGUUCAUUAAAUAACUAAAUGAUAAAAUACAUGUAAAAUAUGAGACUAAUCUGAACUUUGAUAAAACAAUGAUUGCAAAAAAAACUGGAGGAACUCGGCGGAUCAGGCAGCAUCUGUGGAGGCGGAGGGAUGGUCGGUGUUUUGGGCUGAGACCCUGCCCCAGGAUUGAGGGUGUUGAGGGGACAUAGCCAGUAUAAAGAGGUGUGAGGGUGGGGUGAGGCAGGGUCUGGUAGGUGGAACCAGAUGAGGAAGGGGGGUGAUGGGUAGAUGGAGCCAGGGGAGGGGGAGGGGCAGAGUUGGGAUACAGCAGCCAGUGGGGUGGGGAGGUAGGUAGAGACAGAUGAGGAGAAAAAAAGAGUAUGAACAUUGAAUUUUCCAGUUUCAGGUAUCCCACAUCCCAUGUUCCUUCCUCCCUCCUUCCGAUCCUCCCAGGUUCUCUCACCCCACCUUCUACCAAACCCCCCCCCCCCCCCCCACCACCCCCACCCCUCCACCACCCCCACCCCUCCUUACCCAGUUUCAUUCCCCUCCCCCACCUGGUCCCAUCUGCCUAUCACCCACACGUCUCUUGCACCUUCCCCCAACUGCACAUCACCUCCUCACUGAGCUGGUCCCACUUAUCUUCCUUACUUAUCAGAGUCCAGCAUCUGCCUCCAUAUCCACCUUCCCCCACCCCCACCUGGCUCCAUCUGACCCGUUUCUCGCCGUAUCUGUGUCUACCUAUCACCCACCAGCCACUGUCUCCAGCUCCAGCCCACCCUCCCCCUCCUGUCUCCAUCUGCCCAUCAUCCCCUCCCUCACACCUCUGUACUGGCAAGCUCCCCUCAACACUCUCAGCUGUGAUAAGAGUCCCGACCCAAAACGUCUACCAUCCCUCUGCCCCCACAGAUGCUGCCUGACCCGUUGAGUUCUUCCAACAGUUUGUUUUUUUGCUCUGGAUUUCAACAUCUUCAGUGUCUUGUGUCUCUGAUUGCACACUUUAGAUUGUUAGGUUAAAGAAAUACAGCAUUAUUUAGGAAUAUUGGGAAAAAUGCCAAAAUAAUUAGGAUAUUUCCAGCAUGUUAUGCAAACCAGAAUACUUAAUUAAAAUCUCCUCCCGUUUAUGGGAAGGAGAUUUUAUGGGACGUGAGUGACACAGGCAAUGGUUGCCUUGAUAUUCUAUCAUUAAUUGCUGUGAAAUGAGUCUCUUUUUGAAAUUAUCCAAUCAUUAUGACGAUGCUAGUGUUACAUUGGGAAUUGCAUGAUUUUAUUUUGACCUAGCAAUAAUGAAGUAGUAGUGGUGGCUAAUCUGUAGCUUGGAGAGGAAAUGGGUGCUGAUGUUACCUUCUGGUCAGGAAUCAAAGUAAGAAUUAUGGAACAGAAUAUGACAUUGUGCAGUAGCUACACAUUGAAGCAUUUGGAAGGGAAUUGUUCCAAUUCCCAAUUCAGAGAGAUCAGACUGAAGCAAAGUCUAUUACACACCUGGGACUUAAGCGACGUUCCUGCUUCUGUUUCUUACGUUCUUACAUUGAUAAAGGAGUACCUGUUGGCCCAAAUAACAACAUGGGAGUGGGAGGGGGUGGAAUAGAUGGAGGGAGGGAAAGCAAGCUAGCUGUGAAAUGCAGCUCAAUUCCAUUGAACCCCAAAGGCUUCAACUUGUCCAGAUGGAAGGCAAGGAACUGUUCCUCAGGCAUACAUUGGGCCUCAUUGGAACAAUGCAGGAGACCACAAACCGAUAGGUCAGAGAGGGAGUUAAGGUGACAAGAACCUGAAAGCUCAGGAUUAUCCCUGCUGAUUAAUGGAGUUGUUCCGCAAACAUGAUUACCCAGUGUGUUUGGUUCCUCCAAUGUACAGAACACCAAAUGCAGUAACUAGAUUGGAAGUGCAAGUGAAUUGCUGCUUCUUCUGAAAGUACUGUUUGGGCCCUGGACAGUGGGGUGUUGGUGGGCCCUGAGUCAGAUAUAGGCCAAAUUGGGACAGAUUUCCUUCCCCGAAGGUCAUUAGUGAACUGGAUGUUUUCUCGUUGAAAUGUCAAACUAGCAAUUCCAUGGUUAUUGAUACUGUAGGUUUAAAAAGAAAUCCAGAUUCAAGGUCACAUCACUCAUUUGAAUAGAAAGUUGAUGGUUCAAGUCAACGCCAAAUGUUGGUGUGUGUUGUUUUCUGUUCCCCUUUUUUCCAGUAGCAGAGUACGCUAUAACUUUGAU